CGGUGCGAAGCGAGAGCUAAAACUUGGCACGAGGCGUGCUCACGCUUGGUGGUGACUGAAGAAUGAUGGAGUAGUGUGACUGCCUACCACAUCGGGACGGUCAGACGAGUGACGUCGUGGCGGCAGCGAUGGCUGUAGGAAAUCAAGGUAUGGCGCUGCGUCGAAAGCCGGGUUUGUUGGGUGCGAUGAUGGGGGGAAUGAACACGCAAUGAUAUCAGAAGCGCGCUAGAGCAGCCGUCAGGGUCGCAGCAGUGGGAAAAGUCACAGCGCACACAAACAGAAAGCCAUCUUUUGCUGUCUUGUCUUGACGCUUCUCACCGCCCGCCCGUACACACACGCACGACUCGAUACCGACACUUGCAAUUUGGGAAACUUGUUGAAACGAGCCCGGAGAAGAGUAAACAGCAGCCGUUUGUCGGAUCUGACGAAAUCCAUCACCGCGAUUCCGUAUCAGCAGCCGGCCAUGGCAGAGACAAGCGCCCAACCGCAAUAUCCCAGUCUCAACCCCUACGCCGACUCCAACGGUGCAAAUACCUCCGCCGCCUCCAACGAUCAGGGCAAGAGCUUCUUGGACAACGCACAGCACACCGCACAAGCCACCAUGAGCGACAUCAAGAACUCGCAGACCGUGCAGGACCUCGCCAACGGGCCCGUUGCCCAAAAGGCUGCCAACGAGGCCGCCGCAACGAAGAAUGAGUUCGGAAACCUCGCUGCCUCCCGCCAAACACCUUCCACGCAGACGGCCACCGGCCAGAACCUCACACACUACCACUCCUUCUUCUACAACCUCCUGUCGUGGGAGAACCCUCGUGCCACUGCCAUCAGCUAUGCCACCAUCGUUCUCUCCAUCCUCGCCUUCCGCUACGUUCCUGUCGCCAAAUACGCCUUCAAGGCCCUCUACAUCGUGCUGGGCAUCACCGCUGCAGCUGAGAUCACUGGAAAGCUGGUGCUCAACCAGGGUGUGGCUACCAAGCUGCGACCCAAGAAAUACUACACCAUCCCACAGGAGACACUCGACAGCGUCAUAGUAGAUGCUGUCGAGCUUUGCAACUUCUUUGUGAUCGAGUUCCAGCGCAUUGUCUUUGCAGAGAAUGUCUACGCUACGGUUGCUGCAUUCUCCAGCUCAUUCCUGUCCUACUACCUUAUCAAGGUCAUGCCAACCUGGGGACUACUCCUCUUCUUCACCACCCUCGUCUACUUUGCACCACUCGUCUACGUUACCAACAAGGAACUCAUCGACGAGCAGCUCGGCAACGCUCAGAAGAUCGUCUCCGAGCAGACGGAGCAGGUCCGCUCAUUGGCGGCUGAGAAUGCCAACAAGGCAUGGCAAGCAACCCAGAGCGCAACCAAGGAGUACACCGCAAAGGCACAAGAAGCCAUUGGACAAGCUAGCGCGAAGACACAAGAGACUGUCAGCCAAGCCAGCGCAAAGACCCAGGAGACUAUCAGCCAAACCAAGCAGGCUGCAGUCGAGAAGGGCUACGUCAGCCAGGAGACAGCGGACAAGGUCACACCAGCUCAGUCAACUACUGAGAAGGUGACACCGGAGAGUGGCGUCAGCAGCGCUGACUUUCCUCCGGCACCAAAGGAGGAGCCGGCAGUAACUGAGGUGGUGGACCCCACCGCUGAGCUCAAGACGGAGUCGCACAGCGAGCCAAAGACUGAGCCUCUUGUUGCCUUGUGAAUAACCUAACGAUGCCUCGGAAUCUCUACCUACGAACCUACUUAUGAGGACGAUUGCAAUUGAGCAACGUGGAAGAGCUUGUCUCACGGGCGGCCUGGCGUCUGCAGAAUGACAUUAUUGUGCACUUGCAGUCACACUGGCACAGCGUUGAAACGGAGUGAAGGAUGAAGGAUGUGUCCCGCUCGGACACUGUGAGGGAGCGGGAGUGACGAUAAUCGAGCGUGUACGCUCAUCAUGUGCCUAUUGUAGAAGGAGUCGAGACAUCAGGUCAUGCAAAAUUUGUAAAAGCGAGCCAGUUUACCAUUUGCUGUUCACUUAUUCUCCACGUCUUCGCCAGAUCUUUGUACACAAGAAGGUCGACCGUUCUAAGGCGGCGAGAUAAGCAGUCCACUCCCGAUCAAGUGCUGACGAAGAUUGGCUGAAACCUGCUAGGAUCAGCUCUUGAAUGGCACCAGAGCUCUCUCCAGCUUGUGUGCAGGGAAGGUGAGAGCUGUGUGGAGCUGGAGCUUCUGCC